CUGUAUUUCACCUUCAUAUGACUUAUACAACUCAAACAACUUGACUUGACUUGACAUCGAAGAUUUUGCGACGCAGUGGACUGGAGACUGAACCACUACCUAGGUACCAACCUAAUCUCCAGUUACCCUGACUGCAGUUUCUCAAUCACAUACACAUCUGCUUCUGUUGUGUGCAAAGCGGACCAGGUGAAAUCAAAAAGGUCGCCUAGCAUACCCAUGGCCCGAUAAACCUGUGUUCCAACACUGUCCUUCCCGGCCAGGCUUUCUUCCUCACAUAAUGGCUCCGGUGAGCACUGAAUGAGUGGAUCGGGAAUCGGAUAUACUACGGAUUCUAUCAUGACGCAGACCUAAGACGAGCGAGUUUGAAGGGUCGGCCCAUCCAGCAACGAUAUUAUCACUAUCACUGCCGGCUCGGGACAUUCUCUCCGAGUGAACCAUUCUAUUCCGGUCUGGCUUGGCCCUCCGGUCAUUCACACGGUCGGUCAGUCAGUUAACUCGUCUCUGCCGACCAAAAUGAUCACACUCGGUCUCCAACGCAUCUCUCGCCUCCUCGCACCCCUCUUCGCCAAAUACCCAGCCGGCCUGCCCUGGAAAGCAAUCCACAUCACCGGCACCAACGGCAAAGGCAGCGUCGCGGCUUUGAUUUCCACAUUCCUCUCCGCGUCUGGGUACCGCGUCGGGCGAUUCACGUCGCCCCACUUGAUUGAUCGAUGGGACUGUAUCACGCUGGACCAGAAGGUCGUGGACCGAGAUGUGUUUCUGGCUGCUGAAGAAAGAGUCCAGAAAAGGAGUUUAUCUCAGAGUCAAAGUCAAGCUGGUAGUAGUGACGCCACCACCACAGAUGACAAGCCUUCGGAAUUCGAAAUCCUCACAGCCACGGCGUUUGAACUAUUUACAAGUCAAGGCAUGGAUGUCGCGGUUGUCGAGUGCGGGCUUGGUGGACGGCUGGACGCCACUAAUGUCCUAAGACCGCAGGAUGUGUUGGUUAGUGUGUUGACAAAGGUCGGGCUCGAUCAUACGGACUUUCUGGGUGAGACGAUCGAGCGGAUUACAGAGGAGAAGGCGGGGAUUUUCAAGCCGGGAGUGCCGGUUGUCGUGGACGAGAGUAAUGCAGAGAAUGUGUUGGAUGUGGUGAGGCGGAAAGUGAGGGAGAAAGAGGUGCACAGGCAACAGGGACAGCAGCAGCGUGAUGAUGGUGAUGGUGCUGGAAUCCCAGGAGUGAAAAGCGAAACAACGACGGUUGAUGACGACGAGAGUGGCAUUUUCGUCUUGCCCGAGACAUUGCGUGCGCAGUUGCUGCAUGAUCGAAGAGUCGCGCAGCUCGGGCUGGCGGCACAUCAGGUUCAGAAUUUGGUUGCUGCGUUCACGGCGUAUUAUGUCGCUGAAGAGAGGCUUUUGAAGUUGAAAACUGGCACCGACACCGCAGCAUCAGAGCCAGAGUCUGCAUCUACACCACCCACAACACGGGAAAGCAACCCAACUACUCCAGAAACAACAGGACUAAAUACAACAACGACCACUACCAGGGCUAGUACAACGACAAGUCCUCCAUCAACGGUAUCGAUACCCGCAGAGUCAAGGUCAAGUCCUUCGAAACUCUUGUCCAAACAAAUCAUCACCACGACGCAAAAUCUACCACAUCUGAUCUCUGCGGCUCAAUCGUCCCUCCCUGGUCGUCUACAAUGGAUUGAACUUCCUAUCAGUCGUGGAGACGCAACCGAUACCACCGCCAAUAACACAUUCAAGAUCCUCCUCGACGGCGCUCAUAAUCCGCAAUCAGCACAAGCCUUGGCCGAGUAUAUUGAUAGUCAUGUCCGACGAAACGAGUCUUCCACUCCCACCAAUCCCUCCUCCAGCAAUCCUAUUCCCAAACCCAACCCCCUAACCUGGAUCCUAGCCGCCAAAUCCGACAAAGACAUCCGCUCCAUCCUUUCCAUCCUACUCGCCAACGGUCCAUCCGACACCGUCGUAACUUGUUCCUUCGGCCCUGUCGCCGGCAUGCCGUGGGUCAAGAGUAUGGAUGCGUCGGAGCUGGCGAAGUUGGUAAGCGACUUUAUUACUGAUGGGAAUGUGGUUGUUGCGGAGAGCGUGGGGGAUGCCGUUCAGAAAGCUGUUGAGAUUGCUGCCCGAGGGAAUGAGAGUGAAUCAGGUCAAAACGAAGACCAAGAGCAGCGUGUUGAAUCGCAGCGUGUUGAAUCGCAGCGUGUUGAAUCGCAAUCAACGACACUGGGGUUACAAAAGACUAGCACAACUGGAACAGUCUGUAUUGCGGGCAGCUUGUAUCUUGUAGGCGAUGUCUUAAGAUGGUUGAGAGAUGAACACAUACAAUGACGGCAAUGAGAUGGAAUUAGUGUAUAGUGGUUCCCCAUGUAGAUAUCUACAGUAAUAAAAGGGAAAACAUGUGUACUACUGAGUCCAUACAUGCAUAUCUUGUACCUUGUAUUUUGUAUAUCGCAAGGAACUUGAACUCCA